UGACCCUAGCCCCCCGACACAUAAACUACUGCAGCAUAAAUACUGGAGGCUGAGACAGGAUGGUGGGUGGGUGGGUCCAUUCUAGCCAAUAAGAGGGCAACAAUAGACACAAUUCUGCAUAUAAAUUGUUUUAGAAAAAAAAAAAAGUGUCCGUGAUGUCAUGUGUCCUACUUUUAUAUAUCAGUACACUCAGAAACACCUAAGCACGAGUGGGACUGGGGAGGAGAUUAACAUUUAGUUUUUCCCCCCUAGAACCACACAAACCACAGCUGAUUCAAAUAAUAAGAGCUUGAUGAUGAAUUUAUUAUUUUAAGUCAGCUGUGUAGCGCUGGGGGCAAAAAAACUAAACGUUCAACCCUUGGGAUCCCCAGGACCCAGUUUGGAAAAAGGCCGCUAUUGGACAGACACUUCAAAACGUGGCCUGCUAUAGGACAGACACUUCAAAACGUGGCCUGCUAUUGGACAGACACUUCAAAACGCGACCUGCUAUAGGACAGACACUUCAAAACGCGACCUGCUAUAGGACAGACACUUCAAAACGCGACCUAUCUGUUUCUACACGUACUACUGCACGUCUGAGCUCCAGAAGCCCAGGCCACUUUGGAGAAUUUAAACUACGAAUGAAACACAGAACGCGUAUUGGAAUUGUUUAGUAAACCAGAUGAAGAAAUAAUUGAAAGGUUAGAGUAGACCUAUGUUCAGAGACUAACUUCCACAAUCUAUGUUAAAAUGGUGAGAGGCCAGUAUGCUUUUAACCCCUUGGGUGCCUUACAAUCACAGCCAUCCUGAAACUGCCGGGUAGGGCAACAGGUACGCAUGCUUUUUCCUCGUGUGUAUGUUUUCUUCAAAUGAUGACACUAGUGCAGACCUCUGCGUAGUUUGAUCUGUCGACCUAACGAGCUACAUGUAUUUGGGUCAGAGGAGACAUUGUUUUCCUGUACCUUUAAGAGUGGGGCGCAGUGUGCAGGACUACACUGGGGACGUAAUUCAAACACUUGGCUCCUCCUAAUUUUACGGUUUCGUUUCCUGGAGGUCGAGCCUGUCGUGUUGUUGACAAAAAAAACGUAACAAAUAUCGUUUUUUACUGGGCAAAAUGGGUCAGUCGUUGCCGACCCCGGACUGCGAGCCCUCGGUGUGUCCUUUGUGCCACGGUAUAUGUCGGAAUCCGACUGCGCUGAGAUGCAAACAUAUUUUCUGCUACUGCUGUAUACAGGAGUUAUGGAGUGGUUCGCCCACCGGUCCAUACUACUGCCCCGAGUGCAAGGAGGAGUACAAGACAUUACCGGUGGGGUUCAAGAGAGACACUACCGCAAGUCCGUGGCGACAUGAAGCGCCUGCACAUACACGCACCAGCUCAGCGACAGAAGGCAGAGCCAAUGAAGAGGAUGUCAUUGAGAUCAAUUCGGCGGGCUGGACCCUUGGGAAGAGAGCCUCCAUCUCUCAAUCCAAGCGUCUGUUAGGGAAGAGACCAGCCAGUUCUCCUGUCCCAGGAGGCCAUCUUCACGACAACAAGAGACAAGCCACUGGCAGCUCCUCUUCCUCCCACUCCAGGGGACGGUCUGGUGACCGUAAGAGACCCGCCACUUCCUCUUCCUCCUCUUCAGCCAAUCAGAACACGUCGUCUGACGUCGAGUUGUCCAGUGAGGAGGAGGUGCCAGCAGCACCAUUCUCCUUAGCAACCAAACCGUCUAGUACUGCGUCCGUCGCCGUCAGAGGUCCGGACCUGACACGUGAUAGGUCUAGGUCCCCUAGGAGAGACCCACCCAUUGAGCUGGACGAACCCCCUGCUGCAACAGAACCUCUUACAAGAGAACCACUGAAUGACCCUAGAAAAUCACCUGAAGCAGCAGUAGGUCACAUGACCAACACAUCGCCAAGAAGAAUCACCACCGUUGAGCUGGACCCACCUCUACCCCCUGCAAGAGAUCCGUACACACCCGCCAAGAAUCCUGCUGAAACGACCAUAACAACCCAUUUACGUUUAGUCACCCCUACGAAGGAGAAGCCUGUUGAAGCUGAGCGGGAGCCUCUUCCAGAGAUCUCCAACAGAUCUGGUCCAAUCGGCACCUCCACCUCUCCUACCCGUGCUGCCAACAACCUGUCCCCUGGACGUACCAACCUGUCCCCCAGCCUGGCUCGUCAAACCUCUAGGGAGACCUUCCUACCCUGCCACUAUUGCCCCAGCCAGGGCUCUCUCCCUGCGUUGAAGACCUGCCUGGUGUGUGGAGCCUCCAUGUGCUCCGACCACCUCCGGCCUCACCUGGAGUCCCCUGUCUUCCAGAGCCACACCCUGGUACCCCCUGUGGAGGACACCUCACCCUGGAGGUGCCCGGAACACCAAGAGAUGAACCGAAUCUACUGCCGUCAGUGUAGUGUGUGUGUCUGUACCGUGUGUACCGUGAUCGGGUCGCACCGGGACCACGCUUGCGUCAGCAUCAGAGAGGCCGAGAGGGAGCUGAGGGGGAACCUGAAACAGGAGAUGAAGAAGAUGCAGGGAGCGGAACAGUCUUUAAUCAGCAGAGUGACUGAGAUGACAGAGAAGAAACAGAGAUUCCAGGUGUCGUCAACAACGUAAAAGGAAUUGAUGCCAUAAGCCCGUCUUCUAAAGAUGAGUUCAGAGUUUGAAAAGUUGUUAAAAGACAAGAAAUCACCUUUUGAGACUUCAAUACACUAUUCCAGCUUCCUAGAGUCCUUGUUUCGAGACCUCUGUCUCAUUAGAGGUAGAGGACUUGAAGAAAGUCAGCAACUCCCUCACAGUCUUACUAAGUGAAAAACAGAAACAAGAAAAGCAGCUGAAUAAAGGGAAGAAGAAAAAGAAAGGUGUGGUUGCUGCCGGAGGGAUGAAGUCCAAGAUGAAGGAUGACCUAUCGGACUACGGAGAGUUCGAUGGAGGUUACGCACAAGACUACGAGGACUUCAUGUGACGUGACACCAACCCGAUUUCUGUCUCAAACGACACCCUGUUCCCUAUGUAGAACCCUUUAUAUAGGGGAUAGGGUGGCAUUUAGUAGGGUUCCAAUGUCUGUCCCCAUUCCCCCUCCGCUCUGCUCCACCAAGCCCCCUCAGGGCAUGACCUAUGACCUAUUCUACUGCCCAGAGCCAUCCAAUGAUAACCACCCUUAUGUCGCCCGCCGCCAGCCGCACACAAACUCGAUUCUGAAAAGAAGUGUUGAAUGGUUUGACGAGGAACGUCUGAUUUCAGCAGGGUUGUUUCUCCUCGUUAGAAAUUCCUUCAACGAUUCCUCGAAACUGACUGACCAAUAAGACUGUGUUCUGGAUACCAAAAUGUUUCACCUCCCAUAAUGAGAUGCGAAAACCCAGCAUCAAACUUGUUUUUUUUCCCAAUCCUAGAAUGAAUUUAAUUAGAUCUUUUAAAAUAAAUGAUCUGUCAAACAAAAUUUAAUUGUUACUGUUUGACGAAGGAAAAUACAUUUUGUAUUUUACAUUUUGCAUUUCAAUAAAUAGCCGUAGGGUCAAGUAGUAAACACGGCGCUGACCAUUUCAUCCUGGGCCUAUGUUCACAAAACGUCUGAGUAGAUACGCUGAUCUAGAAUCAGAUGGCCCCCCCCCUUCUUAUUCAUUAUGAUCAGAAAAAGACUAAACUGAUCCUAGAGCAGCACUGCUACACUGAGAAACCCAGUAUAAUCGCUGCCACUGAGUUGAAGCAACAAUCACUCUAGGUCUCCUUGGCAUAACUUUGCACGGCUUGUAUCAAGUGAGGUGAGAAACAGACCAAAUGUAUUUAGGAAAGAAGGUUGUACUGGGUUAUUAUCACUUGUUUUUCUUUUUCACAGCACAUUUUCAGGAUUGGUAAUGGAAAUAUAAACAAUAUUAAAGAUUAAAGUUGUCUUAUUUUAUCCACCUAAUUUAAUAAAAUCACUGUUUUAAGAA